AUGUCUACGUUCCACAUCGAGAACCGAGCCGUCGGCGAUCCGCACAACUCAGAAGACUGGCGCAUCCGCGGCUACAACCCCCUCACCCCGCCGGACCUGCUGCAGAGCGAGAUCCCGCAGACGGCCAAGUCGCGCGAUACAGUACUCAAGGCGCGCGACGAGGCGGUGGAGAUUGUGCAGGGCAAAGAUGCGCAGAAGAGGCUGCUCGUCGUCAUCGGGCCGUGCUCGAUUCACGACCCGGCCGCCGCGCUCGAGUACUGCGACCGCCUGCUGAAGCUCAAGGAAAAGUACCAGGACGACCUGCUCAUCGUCAUGCGCUCGUACCUCGAGAAGCCGCGCACCACGGUCGGCUGGAAGGGCCUGAUCAACGACCCGGACAUUGACAACAGCUUCAAGAUCAACAAGGGCCUGCGCAUCUCGCGGCAGCUCUUUGCCGACCUGACGGAAAAGGGCAUGCCGCUUGCCAGCGAGAUGCUCGACACCAUCUCGCCCCAGUUCCUCGCCGACAUGUUCAGCGUCGGCGCCAUUGGCGCCAGGACCACUGAGUCACAGCUGCACCGCGAGCUGGCGUCUGGCCUGUCGUUCCCCGUGGGCUUCAAGAACGGCACUGACGGGACGCUGGAUGUGGCGGUUGACGCCAUCGGCUCGGCCAAGCACCCGCACCACUUCCUGUCCGUCACCAAGCCCGGUGUCGUGGCCAUUGUCGGCACCAUCGGCAACGACGACUGCUUCGUCAUCCUGCGCGGCGGCAAAAAGGGCACCAACUACGAUGCCAAGAGCGUGCAGGAGGCGCGCGACAAGCUCGAGGCAAAGGGCAUGAACUCGCGCCUCAUGGUCGACUGCAGCCACGGCAACUCGGAGAAGAACCACAUGAACCAGCCCAAGGUUGCGCGUGCCGUGGCCGAGCAGCUCGAGGCGGGCGAGACGGCCAUCAUGGGCGUCAUGAUUGAGAGCAACAUCAAGGCUGGCACGCAAAAGGUGCCCAAGGAGGGCAAGGCCGGUCUCGUCUACGGCAUGUCCAUCACGGAUGCAUGCAUUGAUUGGGAGACGACCGAGACCGUGCUCGAGGACCUUGCUCAAGCCGUUGCCAAGAGACGGGUGCUUCUCUCUCAAAACGGUACUCAGUAA